CGGGCGCAGCCGCCAUGCACUGACCGCCCGGCACGGCCCGAGCUGACACCAUGAACCAGCUGAUCCUUUGCAUGCUGCUCUUGGGGUGCGGGGAGCUGGCUGGAGCAUGUCCUGCAGGCUGCCAGUGUCAAGACCCCAAGACCAUCCUGUGCGCGGCCAGACGGGGCCAAACUGUGCCCCAGGGGCUGCCUCCUAACACUCUCUCCCUCUACGUCUUUGAGAAUGGCAUCACGACGCUCAGUGAGGACAGCUUUGUGGGCCUGCCUGCACUCCAGCUCUUGGACCUCUCACAAAACAAGAUCACCACCGUCCAGAAAAACAUCUUCCAGCCCCUGACAGAGCUUGUCAAUUUGGACCUGUCGUCCAACCAGCUGCAGGAGAUCACCAAUGAGACCUUCCAUGGGCUGCGGCUGCUGGAGCGGCUCUACCUGCAGAGGAACAGGAUCCAGCACAUCCAUGCUGCUGCCUUCGACACCUUGGAGAACCUGCUGGAGCUGAAGCUGCAGAACAACCAGCUCUGGGCCGUGCCUCCCCUCAACCUGCCCAACCUCCUGCUGCUGGACAUCAGCUGGAACAAGAUCUCUGCCAUCGCACCGGGGGCCUUCCACGCUGUCAACAUCGAGUCCCUGAAGAUUGCAGGGCUGGGUCUAACAAGCUUAAACGAGGAGCUCUUUCAGGCCCAGAACAACCUACAUGAGCUGGAUGUCUCUGACAACCUGCUGGAGCGCGUCCCAGCGGUGCUGCAGCGGCUGGGGAGCCUCACCAAGCUCAGCCUGGCUGGCAACGCACGCAUCUCCCAGCUGCCAGUGGAGGACUUCCACAGCCUUCACAAUCUCCAGGAACUGGACAUCAGCAACCUCAACAUCAACACCAUCCCUCGGGAUUUCUCCAGCUUCUUCCCCAGGCUGCGGGCCAUGACGGCUGCCGGCAACCCCUUCAACUGCAUCUGCCAGAUGAGCUGGCUGGUGCAGUGGGUGAAUGCCAGCAGCGUGGUCCUGCGGCGGCCCGAGGAGACACGCUGCCACUUCCCCCCGAAAAACUCCGGCAAGCUCCUCCAGCACCUGCAGUAUGCAGACUUUGGCUGCCCCACCACCACCACCAGCCCCACCACUGCACGCACCACCACGCUGCCACCUCCUGCCCCACUCCCCACCAGCAGCCACCUGGCGCCUCAGCCCAGCACUGCUGCUCCCACGCUAGGGGCUGGGGACCCCCAGGGCAGCUCCACAACAGUGCCCUUCAGUGGCGCCCCAACACCCACCACUCCCCCACCACCCAUCUGUCCCCCUCGCACAUGUCUCAACGGUGGCACCUGCCACCUGGGUGUCCAAAACCUCCUGGAGUGCCUGUGCCCUGUGGGCUACACUGGGGCAUACUGCGAGGCAGAGGUGAAGGGGACAACACCAUCCCCAGUCACACAGGCCCCACCGCCCAGCCGGCAGAUCAGCAUCACACAGGUCAGCAGCACCUCCCUCAAAGUGGACUUGCAGAACUAUGUCCAGUCCAGAGCGCAGCUGAAGGGCAUUCGCCUGAGCUACCGAAACCUUUCUGGGUUGGACAAGCGGCCGGUUAUGCUGCGUUUGCCAGCUUCACUCUCUGAGUACACGGUGCGGGCACUGAAGCCCAACUGCACCUAUCGCAUAUGUAUUGGGCCCCUGGGGGAGAAGGUCUCCAAGGAGGAGCACUGUGCUGAGGUGCAGACCUUGCCAGCGAGCCACCAGCAGCACUCCCCUGUCACCCAGGGCAAGGACAACAACCUCACCCUCAUCAUCGUCCCUGCACUAGCCGCCGUGCUGCUGCUCGUAGUGGUGGUGACUGCUGGCAUGUACUACUGCCGGCACCGCAGGGUGAAGGCCCAUGCUGGCCCUGGGGUGGAUGCCAGCCCCCUGGAGCUGGAAGGGGUGAAAGCCUGCCUGGAAAAUGGUGAUUUGAGCAGCCACGGCUGCAAGGUACCAGAGGCAACGAUACUUUCCAGCGGCUCCGAGUGCGAGGUCCCGCUCAUGCAGUCACACUACCCCAGCAACAACAACACCCCGGGGCUCAAACCCUCCUACUUCUGAGCCAGGCGGGACUGCGCUGUGGGGCGAGGGCAGCUCUGAUAGACAAGGGUUGAGCUCUGGUGGUGGCACCCAGCAGUGUCCCUCCAGGGGUGAGGAAUGGCAAGGAGUUAACUGAGUUCAGGCAGCAAAACCCCAAACCCAUAACGUGCAAUUUCUGAGAGGCUGCCACACUUCGGAGGAGACAAUUCCACUGCUCAGUGCCUUGGUUUCUGUGACUCUGUAGAAUGUGGGUAGCGACCAAGAGGGGGUUGGGUUUUUUAAUUUGGGGUUUGGAUGGGUUUUUUUGGCUACUGCUAAAAAGAAAGCAGCCGGUGACUCGGCUAAGGGACAUCCACGUGCUGGUAACAAGGGUCCUUUAGCAGAGCACGGCCCAUGCCUCUCAACUCCCUGGAAGCUGAUGUGAGCAAUCAGGCCCGGACGAGGUGCUGGGACCCUCGGGAACCCUGGGCUGAAGGAAGCGCCGAGCAGGCAAACCGGGAAUUGAAGCUUUAAGAACUCAAAGAGAUAUUUAUACAAGGUUAUUUCCCAUUUCUUCUGGGAAACUUUUGUUUUGUUGUUGUUGUCGUUGUUUUCUAGCACAGGUUUGUGUCCAUCUAUUUUGUAAGGCGGGCCGGAAGGGUGGCUUUUUGUAAAAAAAAAUAAAAUCACAACAAUGAAAAGCUCUGCACAGCCCCAA